AUGAUUAUCAUGGAGGGGGCAUUGAUGGUGCCGCCCGAGCGCAGUACCAUUAUCGGGAGAGCCGUGUGGAAGCCACGAUAUGUCGUCCUUGGGGCCGGCUCCCAAUUGAAAACGCCGAAUGACCCCUCCAAUCCCGAGACGUCACGGACUGGGUCGUCGAGAAAGGGACUCGAAGUGACCACCUCAAAACCGAAUCUCGGCGAGGGGACACGGUCUGGACAAUCAGAGGAACUGUACAUGUCAAUAUAUAAAGCGAAGGGUGUCUGGGAACCUAUUGCACAAUAUCCCAUGUCUGCUUUCAAGUUAUGCUUUAUUCGGGCAAUCCAACAUCGAAAACAAGGUCCUACCGCUCCGACCCUUGUGUUGGAAUUUAAGCCGGAUACGCCGACGGAGAAGCAACGAAAACGUCGGUCGAGUAGGACGGGUGGUCUCUCGUCCAAAGAUCCCUGGGCGAAUACGCUCCUGUUCCGGAGCGUGCCUGAUGAGCGCUACAGUAUUUACGAUUGGCUUAUGAGGAUCAAACCACAAUUACCAGCAGAAUCCCAGGAGUCUCUAGAUGAGAUCGGGAGUGCUAUGAGCCCGAUCAGUCCAUCGGGCAGUGUGUUCACGAACCCCUUUUCCUCUCGAGAGAGCAGAGCAGCAAACCCAAGACAGGAUUACCAACGUGGGAUAUCGAGUCAAUCGACAAGCUCCUAUCACCCCUCACAGAAGGAGAGACCGACAACAAUGAUCUCGCCGUCUCCGAGCCUGCGAUCCAGACGGUCGGAUCUGUCAUCUCAAGCGAGCUCGCAGCACCCUACUAUGGGAUUCACAUCAGUCCACGGGCAAAAUUAUACUACGGUUCUCCCGUCAGAUCUCCCAUCCCCAGCUUCUACGUCAGGCUAUGAUUCGCAGUUUAUCGAGGGGUGGACGUCAGCUCAGGGGAGAUCAUCUGCUCUCUCAUCACAUACGAGAGGAAGCAACAGUAUAGCUUCUGUGGUGCCACCUGUGGCUCCCAUUGGAUCGACACCUCCAGGACCACGAGAGACGAUUCUAGACAGGGCAUUCCAGCUGCGGUACAUACCCGGUGGAGACCGGCUGGACAAGGACGAGGAGAAAAUCAGCAGCAUCGCUCGAUUCGAGGCACUCAUGAAAGAAGCGGACGAGCGGAAACGACAGAAUUCCCUCUCGGUGCAAGCUGGACCUGGUAACAGCAGCUGGGACUUGGAUGAAGAAUCCGAGGACUCAUCUAGCGGAGAACCUGACGAGGAUGAUGAUGCGGAUGAGCCAGAUAUCUCUGACCCAGACAUCGCCAUCCCAACCCCUGCUCAACGAGCACUGGAGUACAUAGCGCGCCGCAACACCCCCCUCCCUUCUCCCAUCCGCCCCCUAUCCCCCGCGCCCAGCCACCCUCCCAUCCCAUUCCUCAACCCCCAAGCCAUGUCCGCCUUCCACGGCCAUUCCACAUCCAUGGCCAGCGAUCUCCGUCCCCGCACAGGCUCGCCCACGCACCGCAAGCGAAGCCGGCCUAACUCCCUCGCGCUCCCCUCGCGCUCCAUCUCCGUCAGCACGAUCCCCAGCCUCCGCGAACUCCGCGCCAGCUCCAGCGGCACCAGCAGCCUAGUCGCGCCCGACCGCGACCCCAAAGAGCAGCAGCGCCAGAGCAGCACCAGCGUCAAACGCCUCAGCUUCUCGGAAUUCGCAAAGCGUCUCAGCUCUACCAGCAGCCUGCUCCUGGUCCAGACCAACGCCUCGUCGAGCUCGGGCCGCGACGGUAGCCGUCGGCCGAGUAGCGAGUUCGCGGCCGAGUCGGACGAGAAGGUGCAGUCGCCGCAGACGGCUCCGCCGGUGCGUGCGGACCCGAGGGAUAAACGCUGUGGAUGGCGCGGGAGCGUUGGGGUUUUCGGCAGCGAGGGCGGGUUCCUAUGA